GGAACCCCUGUCUCAGGUUGCCGGAGAGGCUGCGCCUUUCCGUCUCAGCGGCGCCUCCUGACUUUUCCAAGUUGUGGGGCGGUGGCUGUUUCGUGUAAGUUGCUGCAGUCCGCUGGCUAGUGGAGGUGAAUCCCGGCUAUGAUGGCCCUAGACGCGCUUCUGGGUUCUGGCCCUCUGCUGCUCCUGGGCAUAGUCAUUUUCAGCUCUGUGACUAGCAGUGAAAAUGCAACAGCUGGCCCAGAAACCAAGAAGCUUUCCUGUGAUUACAUGAAUGGAACAUGUACAGAUUUGAGAUUGAGUGGGCAUUUUUCUGAAUGUCCUGAGGAGUACAAGUACUUCUGUGUCAAGGGAAGAUGCCGCUAUGUUGAUGCAGUAAAAACUCCAUCCUGCAUCUGUGAGACAGGCUACACUGGGGAAAGAUGCGAGCGAUUGGACUUAUUUCAUUUAAGAGGAGAUCAAAGUCAAAUUGUGGUGGUUUCUUUGAUAGCUGUUAUGGUAAUGCUUAUCAUCCUGACUGCAUUUAUCUGCACUUGCACUCAUUAUUGUCGGAAAAAACGUAUAAAGAGGAAACAGGAAGAAUGCGGGACUUGUGAUAAUGAGCAGCCAAUGAAAACUGAUGAUAUACUUGAGACAAAUAUUGAAUGAAGGUAAACAAAAGUGCUUGCUGACAGAUUCCAAAGACUUGUGCCCUUUUCCUUUUAAUGACUUUCCUGAGGACUAGUGAUAUGAAAAUAAAUAAAGAAAAAAUAGACAUGGGUACAUAACUUCAGUCACUUGUAUGAUAUCUGACAAAAUCUAUUAUAAUAAUGGGAAUAAUAGUGAUAAUAUUGGGAAUCUAGGAAUUUUAUUAUAUGUCUGAAAGAUGUUAGAAGCAUAGUAUUUGACAUUUAACACUCUUAAAUUUGUCAACCUGAAAAGCAACUUGGUGUUUUUUCCGCAGUCAAAACAGAUAAAAUGUCUGGUAGUAUUGCAUAUUCUAGAGUAACUAAAAUAGGCACUUGGGUAGUUAUGUUUAGUUAUAGUUUCACUAAUAGCUAUAAUUUUAUCAAUAGAAGAGAAUAUCAAUAACUCAGAAUUGAACUGUGGAGUCUCUGGUGCUCUCUGAGCUUGUUUGUUUUUUUGCAGGUAAUAUUUUCAGUACUAGAAGAGAAUGAGCUUUACUCUUUGUUUAUAUCCAGUAAUUUGCCCUGUCAGUGUUGGUGGGGGCAGGUUUAUAUAAACAGGGAGCAAAUUACUUCCUUGUAACAAUGAAGAUGUUACAUAUUCAGAUAACAAAAUGUCUGCAAACAAGCUCAGAGAGCACCAAGGAUUGGUGUAAUUUUAAUUGGUGAUUUCAUGUUUUAUGUGGCCUUUUUGAACUACCUAUUUUCUUUUACAUUUAGUUUUGCUGUCAUCUUUACUGAGAAAUGGAAUAUAAGCAUAGUAAUGUGGCUUUGCAAAAUUUCACUGUUUUGAGUCUAUGCUUUAGAUUGGAUUUAGGAUGGCAUCAUGCAUGUGAGGUGAUACAUAGUUUGUUGGUAAAUUGGUUGUACAUAAUGUAAUUUACUCCCCAUAUUGCAUUGUAAAGAUCUAGGUGCCUAUUCUUUUUUCCCCAAUUAACUGGGGGAGGGAGUAUCUUUGUAGCCCCUCUAUGAACUCUAGGAUUUAGAUUUCAGUAGGCUAAAAGCUUACUAAAUAAGGCCAAAUUAAGGCCAGCCCUAAUCUAGGUUUAGGACUCAGGCCUCUCCCAGACAAUCUUAGUCUGCCUUGCAGCUGCACCACAGCGAUGGCUCACAGUUGUGGUGACCACUUUCCUUAGCUUCUGCCACCGACCACAUUGGCAGAUCUCAGUUGCCACAGCAUUGGCCUGCUAUUAGGCCUCUUUCUUGUACCUUGGCGGCUGCACUACUCUACAGUCUUUUUAAUCAGAAGGGAUCCUUCCCAGUCAUAGGACCUGCUGAACUGCAAGUAGGAUUCCCUCUAGCCUUGACAGGGCUUAUUCUUAUAACAGCAGCUUUAGGCUGGCUCAGCUGGGCUGCAGUUUUGCUUUUGGCUCUCAGUUGCUCAGUGACACCCACAAUUUCUGAAGGCAAGCUGGUCCACUGAUUAAUUGUUCUCACUGAUGUGCAAUUUGUAAUUAGUUCUAGGUUGGAUCUCCCUUUAAUAAGUUUCAUUCUGUUACUUCUUGUUCUGCCCUUAGGUGUUUUGGAGAAUAGUUUGACCCCUUCCCUCUGUGACAUCCCCUCAAAUAUUGGAAUACUGCUACGAUGUCAUCCCUAAUUUUUCUUUUCUUUAAACUAGACAUAUCCAAUUCCUGCAACUAUUCUUCAUAUGUUUUAGCCUCCAGUCCUGUGGUGGGUUGCCCCCGGUUUGGACCGGUUCUAUAGAACCAGUAGUAAAACCGGCGGAAGGCUCCGCCCAUUGACCUGAAUGUCAUAAAAGUGAUCUGCGCAUGUGCAGAAGCUUCUGCACAUGUGCAGAAGAUCGCGCGCAUGGGCACAAUGCAAACCCGUAGUAAAGGUAAGUAGAACCCACCCCUGCUCCAGUCCCCUAGUCAUCUUUGUUGCUCUUCUCUUUCUGCACUCUUUCUAGAGCAGGGGUGUCAAACUUGCAUCGUCACAGCAGUGUCACAUGACAUAUCAGGACUUCCCCGCCUUUGCUAAACCAGGCAUGGGCAUGGCCAGAGUGUGACGCAUCUGGCUCAUUGACUGGGAGUUUGACAGCCCUGUUCUAGAGUCUCAGUCAGUGGUGGUAUUCAGCCAGUUCUAUCCAGUUUGGGUGAACUGAUAAUGGUGACUGCAGGAGGCUCUGCCCACCUGCCCGGACAUCAUCACAUCCUGUUUUUGAUGCUCUGCGCAUGUGCAGAAGACUCUGCACGUGUGUGGUGGUGGCGGCUGUGAGUGAAGCUAGCGCAUAUGCACGUGCUCACAUUUGCAAACCAGUAGCAAAGGUAAGUGAAUACCACCCCUGGUUUCAAUGUAAGACCCCUGAAGUAAAAAGUAUAAACAUGUUUGUACAGCUUCACAUUUUUGUACCUGAAAGGUUCUAAGUAAGACAUGUGCAAAUGAUAUUUCAAUUUUGAAAUAAUCUUUUGUUUGUUUGUUUUAAUCACAAUCGUUGGGCCUACGCUCUACAGCAGGGAUAUCAAACUCAAUUUCAUUGAGGGCCACAUCAGGGUUGUGUUUGACUUCGGGGGCUGGAGUAGGUAUAGUCAGGGUGGGUGUGGCCAGCUUGAUGUCACUUGUAUCAGGGGUGCCUAUGGUGCCCUGAGUGCUCUGCCAGAGAAAACAGGUUCCCAAGGCUGCAACGGCCUUCUGCAACCCUUUGCCAGCGAAAAUGGAGCUUGGGAGGGUUGCACGCAGCUCCGUUUUCACUGGCAGAGGGACCCUGGGCCAGUCUUUCGCUGUUUCCAGGGCUGCCCCCUGGGCCAGAUCUAAGCACCACAUGGGCAGGUUUCGGGCCGGGCUUUGAGUUUGACACCCCUGCUCUACAGCAUUCAGGAGCAUGCCAGACUUUGCAUUGGGGUCACUGACACCAUAUACAAUAUGACCUCCUUGGAGGUGAGGCUUCUGUCAACUAAUUGUGCUGGAUCCUGGUGUCAAACCUGGUGUUAAGAUAUGAUCUGAUGUCCUGGAGUUGCACAAUGUGAUUUCCACAUGCCUCCUAAAUUAAAUGUUCAUGUACAUAGUGCAAGUCUUAUUACAAAUAUAAAUAUUCUAUUGAUAUGUAGGUCUUUGGUUAUUUGGGUUUUCUCCCGCGUAAAAUUGGAAGUGUCUUGGCGACGUUUCGACAAAGUCUCAUUUGUCAUCUUCAGGCUUCAGCUUCGUGCUUCAUAUAUAUAUAUGGCAUCUUGGUUUAUAUAAUGCAGUAGUGGGUUUCAAUUUCGGCCGCUACCAGUUCACUCGUGGAUGUGUGCGUGCUUACGUGCAAUGCUUCUGCACAUGUGCAGAGAUGUCCGGGCAGGUGGGCAGAGCCUCCCACCACCUCUGCCACCGGUUUGUCCGACCUGGGGCAAACCGGUAGCAGUCCACUAUUGAUAUAAUGCUUCACUAUGUGUAACAUCUUUCAAUAUAUGGAGGGAUGGGAGUCUUUAUUAUUUUUUAUGAAGCAUAUUACUCUUCCAGAACACUUGAGAGAAGAAACUUAGAUUGUGUUCAGUAAUGUGAAAAGAAUGAUAAAUCUUAUAAGCUAUUAAGAAAGCCUUUUGACUUGAAUGUAAUUGUAUAUGUAAACUAUGCUUUGUAAUGGUAGUUUGAUGUUUACCAAAUUAGGGAUGGAUGUUAAGAAGUUAUAUAUAAGUCAAUUACUGGUAUGUUUUAAAGAUGUAUGAAAGAGGAGCAAGAGAAAUAAAAUUACUUAAGCUAUUGGAAGAAAGUUGAAUAAUGCAGAAAUUCAAUUAUUUGCAGAAAGCUAAGCAAACCACAAAGGAUAUUCCACAAGUAUUUAACAAUGCAAAGGACAUAAUUGUAAUUUUGGAAUACAAAUCUGACACCAAUCAAUUAUACCUAUUAUGAGAUGGUUUAAAUGUUAAGCUUUCCAGUGCAAAUGAAAGAAAAAUUAUUUCAAGUAAAUCAACAAUCCUCAAGAAAAGUUUGGGACUUUUUCUUUAUGGAUACUAACAAGGUUAAGAAUCUCCUGAGCAAAUGAAAAGUUUAUAUUUGUUUGAUAGACAUUCCAAAUAAAAAAGAUUUUAAUUUAUGAGGACAAGUUGGAAGGAGUGACUUAAUAAGCUAAUUUGAGUUAAGAUUGAUUUUUUACUGGUCUGAUUUGUGUAACUGAAAGAAAGUUCCAAUGUAUGGUUUCAUGUUUAUAAAUGGAUUUGAUUUUUCUUUCUUUUUCUUAUAUGUAGUGCUUCAAAAAUUCCUAAAGUUAGUUACAUUUUAUUGAAAUAGAAUUUGAAGGUAAAUAUAGUAUGUUAAGAGGAAGUUAAAGAAAAGAUGUAUUAGAAUUUGUUAACUUUGGAAAAAAAAUUAAAGAAACAUUUGGAAUUUUAAAAUGGAUAUAAAAUAAGUUUUCCCUGUAAGGUUAAAGAAAUUGAAAGAGUACAGUGAAUUUUGUUAAUAUGAAUGAAGAUCAUCUACAAAGUUUAAUAAGCUUAAAUAGAAAUAUAUAUUACUUUUCACAAUAAUGGAAAAGAAAGAAAGAAAAAUGGAUUGGUUAAGCUUGCGAUGUAAAUUGUUCUAAACACAGAAAUUUUAUUUGGUCCUGUUUCUAUUGAGAUGUUGCUUCUGGUUUUUUAUGCUUUAUAUAGGGAAAAAUGGCAGUGGUGGGUUUCAAGAUUUUUUAUUACCAAUUCUGUUGGUGUGGCUUAGUGGAUAUGGCUUGGUGGGCGUGGCAGGGGAAGGAUACUGUAAAAUCUCCAUUCCCACUGCACUCCAGGAAAAGGAUACUGUAAAAUCUCCAUUCCCACUCCACUCCAGGGGAAGGUUACUGCAAAAAUCCCAUUUCCUCCCGAUCAGCUGGGACUUGGGAGGCAGAGAAUAGAUGGGGGCGGGGCCAGUCAGAAUUUUUACUACCGGUUCUCCAGAACUGGUCAGAACCUGCUGAAACCCACCUCUGGAAAAAUGAUAUUUAAAAUUUUAUUAAAAAUUUACUAAAUUUAGAAUUGGGUAAAUUAUAGAAUUGGCUUGUAAUAAUUAUAAUUUCAACCUUACAUUAUCUAUAAUUGUAUUAGUAUUUUACUGUAUUGGUAAGAGCCAGGGUCAGCCUUUGUUUUUUCUUUUUUUCCCCUUACAGUUUGCAUUCCCCCCCUUUUUUCCUUAAUUUUUAUUUUUCAAUUGCAUUUUUGUGUUAUAAUAAACUAUAGAAUACUUUAAAAAAGAAGUGUAUGAUGUCUACAUCCAGCAGAGCAGAGACACUAUGCGUAUAAAGGGGUCUUGUGAAGGUCAUUGCCAUCCCAUGGCUGAGCACAGGAGAUUUAUGUGAAUUUUGACUUUGGAAAGGAGGAAAUUGGGUAUAUAACUUCCUGCAACAUAGCUUGGCAAGGGGAGAAAAGUAUCAGCCAUUUUCAUAUACACUACAAGGGAAGAAUUCACACCAUUCAUUUAGAGGCUGGGGCAUUAUAGAAGCAGAACUUGCUAAAUGGCCAGAUAGUUCAGCAUGGGUGAUCUAUAAAUAUGAUAAAUAUAGAAAUAUAAGACAAGGGGGAAAUGAUAUAUUGGAGGCAGAGAAAUGAAGUAAAA